GAGGCUUCUUGUCCCUCCUGGCCUUCCGUUCUGCGGGGCCGGCUGACGGAGUUCGCCGAGGCCGCCAUAGUGAAUAAGUGACCGGGUCUCGGAGGUGUCGGUGUGGUCCAGACAGUUCAUCAGAGCAGCCCCCGCGGCUCCGAGGACAAGCAAUAUGUUAAGAAUACCUGUAAGAAGGGCCUUAGUAGGCCUUUCUAAACCUCCUAAAGGGUAUGUUCGAACAACUGCCACCGCAGCAAGCAACUUGAUUGAAGUAUUUGUUGAUGGUCAAUCUGUCAUGGUUGAACCGGGAACUACUGUCCUGCAAGCUUGUGAGAAAGUUGGCAUGCAGAUUCCUCGGUUCUGUUAUCAUGAAAGAUUGUCUGUGGCUGGAAACUGUAGGAUGUGCCUUGUCGAAAUUGAGAAAGCUCCUAAGGUUGUUGCUGCUUGCGCCAUGCCAGUAAUGAAGGGUUGGAACAUUCUGACAAACUCAGAAAAAUCUAAAAAAGCCAGAGAAGGUGUGAUGGAGUUCUUACUAGCAAAUCACCCGCUGGACUGCCCUAUUUGUGACCAGGGAGGUGAAUGUGAUCUGCAGGACCAAUCCAUGAUGUUUGGAAGUGAUAGGAGCCGAUUUUUGGAGGGGAAACGUGCUGUGGAAGACAAGAAUAUUGGUCCAUUGGUAAAGACUAUCAUGACUAGAUGUAUACAGUGCACUCGCUGCAUCAGGUUUGCAAGUGAGAUUGCUGGAGUAGAUGAUUUGGGAACAACAGGCAGAGGAAAUGAUAUGCAAGUUGGCACUUAUAUUGAGAAGAUGUUUAUGUCUGAAUUAUCUGGGAACAUCAUUGAUAUCUGCCCUGUAGGUGCCCUAACGUCUAAGCCUUAUGCCUUUACUGCCCGGCCUUGGGAAACAAGAAAGACAGAAUCUAUUGAUGUAAUGGAUGCAGUUGGAAGUAAUAUUGUGGUUAGCACAAGAACUGGAGAGGUGAUGAGGAUUUUGCCACGGAUGCAUGAAGACAUCAAUGAGGAGUGGAUUUCUGAUAAAACCAGAUUUGCCUAUGAUGGACUAAAACGUCAAAGACUUACAGAGCCAAUGGUCAGAAACGAAAAGGGACUUUUAACCUAUACCUCCUGGGAGGAUGCACUCUCUCGUGUUGCUGGAAUGUUGCAGAGUUUUCAAGGCAAGGAUGUGGCAGCAAUUGCAGGUGGCUUGGUGGAUGCGGAAGCCCUAGUAGCUCUCAAAGAUUUGCUUAAUCGAGUGGACUCCGACACCUUAUGCACUGAGGAGGUCUUCCCUACCGCGGGGGCUGGCACAGAUUUGCGUUCCAAUUAUCUUCUUAAUACUACAAUUGCUGGUGUGGAAGAGGCAGAUCUUGUCCUUCUGGUCGGUACAAAUCCACGCUUUGAGGCACCACUAUUUAAUGCUAGAAUCCGAAAGAGCUGGCUUCAUAAUGACUUAAAAGUGGCUCUUAUAGGCAGUCCAGUGGACCUCACUUACAGAUAUGACCACCUGGGAGACUCUCCCAAAAUUCUUCAAGACAUUGCUUCGGGUAGCCAUUCAUUCAGCCAGGUCCUAAAGGAAGCUAAAAAACCAAUGGUGGUUUUAGGCAGCUCUGCACUCCAGAGAAAUGAUGGGGCAGCAAUUCUUGCAGCUGUUUCCAACAUUGCACAGAAGAUUCGGGUGACUAGUGGUGUUACUAGUGAUUGGAAAGUUAUGAAUAUUCUUCAUAGGAUUGCAAGCCAAGUAGCUGCUUUGGAUCUUGGUUAUAAACCUGGGGUAGAAGCAAUUAGGAAAAAUCCUCCUAAAGUGCUGUUUCUCCUGGGAGCAGAUGGAGGUUGUAUCACACGACAGGAUUUGCCAAAGGAUUGUUUCAUUAUUUACCAAGGACAUCAUGGCGAUGUUGGCGCUCCCAUCGCUGAUGUGAUUCUCCCAGGAGCUGCUUACACAGAGAAGUCUGCUACUUAUGUCAAUACUGAAGGCCGAGCUCAGCAGACUAAAGUGGCAGUGACACCUCCUGGUCUGGCAAGAGAAGACUGGAAAAUUUUAAGAGCCCUCUCUGAGAUUGCAGGUAUAACUCUUCCAUAUGAUACUCUGGAUCAAGUGAGGAAUAGAUUGGAAGAAGUCUCUCCUAAUCUUGUUCGAUACGAUGAUGUGGAAGGAGCUAAUUACUUCCAACAAGCAAAUGAACUCUCCAAGUUAGUGAACCAGCAACUUCUUGCUGACCCACUUGUUCCACCUCAGCUAACUAUAAAAGACUUCUACAUGACAGAUUCAAUCAGCAGAGCCUCACAGACAAUGGCCAAGUGUGUCAAAGCUGUCACAGAGGGCGCCCAUGCAGUAGAGGAGCCAUCCAUAUGCUGAUACAUCUGCUAGGAAGCCAGUUUGGGUACAGACAGUUCAUGGACAGUUACAUUGGAGUAACCCCUAAGAGUUUAUCUCUUUAAAAAACAACUUUGAGUGAUGUAAUAUUUAAAGUCCUUCCAUACUUAUUUGAAAAUGAGUUGCAGCUGUCAAAGAACUUUGCAGUUUCAAAAACAUUUAUGUAUUGUGUGUGAACAUUAAUAGCUUAAUAAGACUGUAUACAGAUGCUCUUUCAUGUACAAGCAUUGAUAAUCUCCGAUGAAUACAAAGAAAAUCCUUAAAAUA